AUGCCCGAAACAGGCGCGGACGCCAUCCGCGCGGACCUCAUCGCCCGCAUCACCGCCAUGCUGAAGCCGCAUUUCUUCCGAUGCGGCUCCGUCCCGGAGUUUGAAUCUGCCACCGGCGAGGUGCUCCGGGUUCCGCGCCGUGCCUAUGCACGGCUUUGCUUCUCAUGGCCGACGGAGGAAGCCGCUGAGGACUUUGAGCGCCUCUUCCCCCGCUCCAUCCCUCUGAAUUUAUCCCGCUCUGUGCUUCUGAAGGUUUUCGAAGACCGUAGCAAAGCCGGGGGUGCCACUGCGAUGUCGCUCCUGAACAUCCCCCCGGGGUAUACCCCGGAGGACGUCCGCGAUUUUCUGUUGCACGGUGCGGAUCCAUCAGAACCGGCUUGGCUCGCGGAUCUGCAGUAUUUCCACCGCACGACCGAUCCGUACGAGGAGGUCUUCCUCCCCAUUUUCACCCGCAUCCCUCUCCCUCGCUCGGGUGUCCCAUCCUUUUCCCGCAUCCCCGCUGUCAUUCCGUUUGAGGAUGACUCCCCUAAUGCCCUGCUCAAUAUUUCCACACAUGUCUUUCCCCCCUCCAUGGCCCCGCGCCGCGCUGGUGCGGACGGCUUCCAUUUCUCACACCCCCCUCCUCCCUUUCUCCCUAACCUGACACAUGACUUCAUUUGCGAACAACCCAGCCUGCAACGUGACCUCCUCUUCCGUCUCUAG